UCACACACACGCAUACACGCACACACACAGUCUGUCUUUACAGUCCCCAGCUUCAGACAUCAUCACACACCACAUACACACAUCAGCUCCCUCAGUCUGUCAGGAAGUCGCUCCUUUCUUCUCUCCCACCUAUCAGACCACCUGGAUUGUACGAGGGGGCCAGCUGAGGACGCGACAGAGGAGGAGAAGAGGAAAAAAAGGGGGGAAGCAGAGCAAAUAUUCACUCUGAGGAUAACGCUUCGUCUGAGGCGGCGGGGCUGAAAAGCACAGCCAGUGGCACUGCAGAGGCACAGCAGCACAGAGGGCUGAAGAUUCGCUGCAAGAGCAGGUAGAGGAACAUGCGAUCCCGCAGCAACAGUCUGGAAGACGUGACCAAGGCCAAGCUGUCGCAGCAGCACACAGAUGCACGAAAGACUUCUGCAGAGCGGGAGGACCCCGCAGGAAGGACUGAGCGUCGCAGCCGUCACAGAGAACCUCCCGACGACACCGGCACCAUCCAACGGAAUCACAAGAUGAGCAAGAACGGCACAUGUGCGAGUGGGAGUGGCAGUGGGAGUGGAAGCGGGAGUAGCAACACCAGUACCAGCGGUGCAGCGAAGGGUGGUCGCAGGGAGAAGGGCAGGGACCUUUCCCGGGAUGAUCUCGUCUUCCUCCUGAGCCUGCUGGAAGGAGAGCUGCAGGCCAGAGAUGAGGUGAUCACGGUGCUGAAAGCAGAGAAAAUUGACUUGGCUCUGUUGGAGGCCAAAUAUGGAUUUGUCACACCACAGAAAGUCCUUCAGGCCCUGCAGAGAGACUCGAUCCAGGGCAAGUCUGAAAUCCUCCAGGAAGACAUCUACGAGAGGCCCAUGGAAGAGCUGGACAAGCUGGUGGAGAAGCAGAGGGAGACGUACCGGCGGAUGCUGGAGCAGCUGCUGAUGGUGGAGCAGUCGCACAAGCAGGCCCUGUACAAGCUGGAGGACGAGAAGAGGAACCACGGAGAGUUCAUGAAGAAGAGCGACGAGUUCACCAACUUGCUGGAGAAGGAGCGCGAGAGGCUGAAGCUGUUAAUUGAUCAAGAGAAGGCCUUCCAAGAAAGAAAGGACGAAGAGAGCAACAAAAAGGUCGACAGCCUCAAGGAGGAGCUCACAAAACUCAAGUCGUUCGCGUUGAUGGUCGUGGAUGAACAGCAGCGUCUCACUGAACAGCUGAAUCAACAAACAGCAAAGGUCCAGGAACUGAGUGUCAGCGCUUCGCAAGCCCAGGAGGAGCUGAGCUCAGCUAAUGCUCGUCUGCAGGAAGAGGAGCAAAAGGUCUGUCGCCUGGAGGCUGCGCUGCGUGACCAAUCGGGUCGAUACCAUCAGGAACAAGAGGCCAUGACCGCCAAACUGACCACGGAGGAUGCCCAAAACAGGCAGCUGCGCCUGAAACUGUCCACUCUCAGCAGGCAGCUUGACGAACUGGAGGAGACCAACAAAACCCUGCGCAGAGCCGAAGAGGAACUGCAGGAGCUGAGGGACAAAAUCAGCCGUGGGGAGUGUGGAAACUCGAGCCUCAUGUCGGAGCUGGAAGAGCUACGGAAGAGGGUGCUAGAGAUGGAGGGGAAGGAUGAGGAGCUGAUCAGGAUGGAGGAACACUGCAGGGACCUCAACAGGAAGCUGGAGAAGGAGGCCAAUCAGAGUCGCAGCCUGAAGGCAGAGGUCGAUAAACUGAACAACAGAAUCAUGGACUUGGAGAAGUUAGAGGAUGCAUUCAGCAAGAGCAAGCAAGAGUGCAGCUCGCUCAAAAGCAAUCUGGAGAAGGAGAGGAUGGUGUCAAAGGUGCUGACGAGUGAGCUGGAGGUCUUGAAAGUCAGGGUCCAGGAGCUGGAGACCGCUGAGAGCCAACUGGGAAAGACAGAGCUGACGCUGAAAGAAGAUCUGACCAAGUUAAAGACACUCACAGUCAUGCUGGUGGAUGAAAGGAAGGCGAUGGCCGAGAAGUUAAAGCAAAUGGAGAACAAAGUCCAGAACAGCACCGGGAAACUUCAGGCUGAGCAGGACAAAGUCACUUCCGUCACAGAGAAGCUGAUCGAGGAGAGCAAGAAGGCACUGAGGUCGAAGGCUGAGCUGGAGGAGAAGAUGUGCGGUGCCACCAAAGACAGAGACGACUUGAAGGCCAAGCUGAGGGCUGAAGAGGAGAAGAGCAAUGAUUUGGAGUCUAAGAUCAACAUGAUGAAGAAGAGGCUGCAGUCGCUGGAGACCAUCGAGAGAGAGCACCUGAGAAGCAAAGCGAAGGAGGAGCACAUCAAAACUCCAAUCGCUAACCGCUUCCAACAGGAGGACAACAAAGUGAAAGAUCUGACGCAGGAAGUCGAACGCCUCCGACGCAAAUUAAAGGACAUGAAAGUGGUGGAAGGUGACUUUAUGAAAACAGAGGAGUUUGAAUCACUGGAGAAGAGAUUCAAUAACGAACAGGAGAAAGCUAAAGUGCUGAUGGAGGAGCUGGAGAUAUCCAGGAAUGAACUCUCAAAGUAUCAACUCGCAGAGAAGAAAGAGUGCAGCCAGGAGCAUGUUCUCUACAAACGCCUGAAGGACGAGGAGGCAAAGUCGAGUCACUUGAGCCGAGAGGUGGCGGCUCUGAAAGAGAAGAUCCACGAGUACAUGGGGACGGAGGAGUCCAUCUGCCGCAUGAAGACUGACCACUCCACUCUGCAGAGAAAGCUGACCCAGCAGGAGGUCCGGAACAAAGAACUGGCCAGAGAGAUGGAGACGCUCACAAGAGAGCUGGAGAGAUACAGACGCUUCAGUAAGAGUCUGCGCCCUGGUAUGAACGGGAGGCGUUUCUCAGACCUCCAUGUUUCCACCAAGGAGGUUCAGACAGAGCCGCUGGACUUCAUGUCCCCGAACUGCAAGACAAUCGAACCGCUGGAGCGUGCUGUUGUGAACGGGAAGCUGUACGACGAGAGCGAAGCUGAAGACAACGCCAACUACAGCAAUGAGCUUCAACUCACCAAGUGCAGCCCCUCGCUCAUCAACAACGUGAACAACCUGAACAACAACCUGAGACGAGCCAGAGUGCCGUUCCUCAAGAACAAAGAUACGCCUCAUCAGGUGAACGGGAAAGUGCAGGCGAGGCAGAACGGAAACCACGUCCAGCCCGGGGACGUAGUGUUGACUCACAGUCCCGGGCAGCCUCUGCACAUAAAGGUGACACCUGACCACGGACACAACACGGCGACACUCGAGAUCACGAGCCCGACCUCAGAGAACACCCCGUCAUUCACCAGCACUGCCGUCAUACCCACAAGUGGAGGUCCACCUAAACAGAGAAUCACCAUCAUCCAGAACACAUCCCUGUCCCCGACUGCUAAAUCAAUCUCCCCGACUAUGAAAUCCAAAGGUUCCCCGAUCUCUGAUGAUCUGUGCUCCCCUGACAGAUCCCUCUCACCUUUCACCAUGGCGGCAUACUCAAGAGCGAUGACUCCAGACUCUUGUGGGUCUAUGACACCGGACAGAGCCAUGUCGCCGAUACAGAUCGUGUCAGUCACAACCGGCACCCCCGAUCGCUCCCUCUCCGCCGAGCCGGUCGAGGUCGUCGGAGGUCACGCCGUCUUCCGUGUGUCCCCGGAGAGACAAACCAGCUGGCAGGUCCAGAGGUCAAACAGCUCUGGACCGAACGUCAUCACCACAGAGGACAACAAAAUCCACAUCCACUUAGGGAGCCCCUUCAUUCAGAGCAUCAGCACCCCGACACAGACACUGAGUCCGUGCCACACGCCUGGACUCCAGGAGCAGAGGACUCAGGUGCUCGCAAACUGCAGUUCACCUUCCCCCAAAGGCAGCAGCAAAAUCACAAGUAGCAUCACGAUUAAGCCCACCUCCACCCCAAUCCAAAGGCCGUCACAUAUUACAGUAAGUAACGUCUAUGACUGACCUGAUAGCAUCCAAAACCCUCCAUCCCAUCCUCUGUCACUGACUCCCGCCCAUGAGACCCAGCACCGCCGUAGAUCCUUAGACCCCUGACUCUCCAUCCUGAUCCAUUUACAUGUCUGUUUUUAAUUUAUGUGCUUAAUCCAGGGUUUGAAUGUCUUCCUUUGAUUUAGUUUGGUUUGCUUGGUUCUGUGUGAUUUCAUUCAACAACUGUUUGCCUGCAUGAUAAAAAAAAAAAAACAUCUGAAAGCACUAAAACUUUCAUCUUUUGACAUAACACAAGGUUUAACUUAUGUGCACUUACUGUAUUGUACUCAGUGGCUGAUUUGCCAUGUAGUCAGAUUAUUCACACUGAUGUAUCGUACCAGUUUUAUACUUCAUAUUAAACAUAUUGCAUUAUGAUUAAGUUGUUUGGUUUCUGAGGAUUAAAGUGUGCAAAAAGAAGUGUUAUGAUU